AUGCAACUCUUCUGCUCCCUCGAAGAAGUUCGGACGGCAGUACGCAUAUUUGCCGGCGAGGCCUUCGCUAUGUGCAUAGUCAUGAGCGCUAGUGUCCUGGGUCCGCAGGUUACGGCCACCCGCGGCGGUUCUGCGGCCUUUCCUAUCGGCGCUGCUGUCUACACAGCCAUCUGGUUAAAUCAAAGGGCUCUGCUUGACAACCUUUGGAUCCACUGUGCAUCAAAAAUUCGAAUUAAAAACGACUGCGUUGUUGGUCGGAAACAGGUCCGCACCUCUUUGGCUUACCACAGCGAUGAACGCAACGGUUUGACUGUCAUCCCCGUCAAGAUCCCGCAGCAGGGCAGCUGCAGAAACGGUGGUUCGUGUAAUGACUAUCUUAAAGUCAUAGUAGGCUUGCGCGGCACCUGUCGCACUCCCUUCUCUCUUGGUUAUCUGCGC